CCGGUGCGUUUGUUUUUCUUGCAUUUGGGCAAUGUUUUCUAAAUUAUUAAGGCAUACGUAAUGCGCUUAGUACGUUUUUACGCGACCAAAGCCACGCGCGAGCAUUACUCCAGCAGCAGCCUUAAGGUCUAUCGCAAGCUAAAGCCGUCAAAACAAAAUGCUGCCUCCACAAAGCAACAGGCUCGGGGACCGGUGCCUCCGAAAUCAACGCUGACCAGCACGGAAUAUGCCGAGAAUCUGGUUAAGGUGCAGAUGAUCUCCAAAAAUUUGCAUUCUCAAAUAUUUCCACAGGCACCACGACAUUACACAGAGGAGCAAGUCGCUGCUGCCAAAUUGUACAAUGCGGAACUGCUACAGCAUGGCAUUGACAUAACAAGCACAGAGCCAAUGCCGGAUGUGGAGCUUAAGCUGCCACCGUUGCGUGGUCGAAACAUUGAGGAACACUUUUAUGCCAUUGCCAAGGACCAAGUGGAGCCGUAUGAAGAGUUGCUUCUGCCACUUGUUGAGUGCGCGCAACUGCCAGCGAAGCCAAAACGAUGGGCCUUCUACGCCGGCUGGACUGCCUAUGACCCAGUGGAUGGUACUGCCACGCCUGUGGCGCAACCGUUGGAACAGGGCCUCGUCUUCGAUGUGGAGGUGUGCGUUAGAGAGGGCAGUGCGCCAAUUUUGGCAACAGCUGUGAGCACUGAGCGUUGGUACUGUUGGGUAAGUCCCAAGCUUACUAAACACCGUUUGGCGGUGGCUGACAUACCGCUAUGCGAUGUGGACGAUAUGCAGAGACCGCAUUAUAAGCUAGACGAGCUCAUUCCAUUGGGGAGCAAAGGGCCUGGAUUAAUAGUGGGACAUAAUGUUUCCUACGAUAGAGCCCGUGUUCGUGAGCAGUAUUUGAUCGAGGACACAGGGACGCGUUUUGUGGACACCAUGUCGUUGCACAUGUGUGUCAGUGGUGUCACCAGCUAUCAGCGUGCCCUGCUCAAAUCGAAAAAGGAGCCAGCGCCAGAGGAUCUCGACUGGCUGGAACAGAGUGCUCUAAACUCUCUAGUCGAAGUUCAUCGCCUCUACUGUGGUGGGGAACCCUUGUCAAAGGAGCCACGUAACAUUUUUGUGGAGGGCACGCUGGAGCAAGUGCGUCAGCAAUUUCAGUCGCUGACCAACUACUGCGCUGGCGAUGUGGAAGCCACGCAUCGCAUAUUACGUGUGCUUUAUCCCAUGUAUGCUAAUCGGUUUCCACAUCCUGCCACCUUGGCGGGCAUGCUAGAAAUGGGCUCAGCGUAUUUACCUGUGAACUCCAAUUGGGAGCGUUACAUACGUGAGGCCCAGCUGACGUAUGAAGAUCUCAGCAUUGAAGCCAAGUACCAUUUGGGGCGACGUGCUGAAGAAGCUUGUGCCUUGCUUAACGAUGAGAAAUAUCGCCAGCAUUUGUGGCUAUGGGAUGAAGAUUGGAGUGUGCAGGCUUUAAAAAUGAAGCAGAUGCCCAAACGCAAGCAAAAACUGGAAGCUUUAGAAAGCUCUGUAGAGGAUAAUGAUGAUCAGAAAACGUUCACGUCUGAGGAGCGACGUUUGCAACGAAAGUUUCAGUAUCUCUAUGACCAGCGCUCCUUGCUGCCUGCUCGUCGCCCCUUGCUUCCAGGCUACCCUCAGUGGUAUCGUAAGCUCUGUCGCAAACCACCCUCUGGCUACAAGUCCGCGCGCAGCGAUGAUGAGGAUAAUGAAGCAGCUUGGGCACCCGGAGCCACGGAAAUAAGCACAGGCAUGCAAAUAGCGCCAAAGCUGCUUUCUCUAAGCUGGGAAGGCUAUCCUUUGCACUAUACCCGUGAGCAUGGCUGGGGCUUCCUCGUGCCCUUUCGCGCAAAUUGUGAGAACGGAACUUCUCGCAUACCCAUUGAACAAUUGACGGAACGUUGUCCGGUGCCGGAGUUCGCACAGCAUUAUGCAACAGAGGCUGAGAGUGAAAUGGCGCUAGAAACGUUGCCAAGGGAGUUGGAAGCGCGCCUGGGAAAACGAGAGUUCUACAAAAAGAUCACAAAGCGACAGCACCAGCUGGAGGCGCAAUAUAAAGGCUCCGGUGUUUGGUGCAACCAAGUACUGGACGACUGCUGUUUCUUUCUGAAACUGCCGCACAAAAAUGGCGUCUCUUUUCGUGUUGGUAAUCCAUUGAGCAGGGAUUUUCUCAACAAAUUCUCAGAGAAUGUUUUGAGCAGUGGCGAUGCCGAGAGUCAUUCAGCGGCGAGAGUUAUUGAGAUCGCACGCAUGAUGUCGUAUUGGCGCAACAAUCGUGAUCGGAUUCUGGGGCAAAUGGUGGUCUGGCUGCAGGAUGAAGAAAUGCCAGCUCGAUUGCGGGAGCAUACUCAACGUUUGAGCUUUGGCGCCAUUUGUCCCCAGGUGGUGGCCUGUGGCACUCUGACGCGUCGUGCAAUGGAACCCACUUGGAUGACGGCAUCGAAUUCGCGUGCAGAUCGAAUUGGCUCGGAAUUGCGGUCCAUGGUGCAGGCGCCGCCUUCGUAUAAGAUUGUGGGUGCCGAUGUGGAUUCGCAGGAGUUGUGGAUAGCCUCGGUGUUGGGCGAUGCGAAUGCGCAUGGGCAGCAUGGCGCUACACCGCUCGGCUGGAUGACACUAAGCGGCAGCAAAUCCAAUGGCACCGAUAUGCAUUCCAUAACCGCCAAGGCUGUGGGCAUUUCCCGUGAUCAUGCCAAGGUCAUUAAUUAUGCGCGCAUCUAUGGUGCUGGUCAACAGUUUGCUGAGAACUUACUCAAGCAAUUCAAUCCGACAUUUAGUGCCACUGAGGCAAAGGCCAAGGCAAUGAAAAUGUUUUCCAUCACCAAAGGUAAGCGAGUCUAUCGCUUAAGAGAGGAAUUUCACGAUGAAUUGGAGGAUCGAGGGUAUAGCUCUUAUGAAGCCACGAAACACGCCCUCCAACGUAAUCGCCCCGUAUCCGAAGUCUUCCAUCGUCCUUGCUGGCAAGGUGGUACCGAGAGCGCCAUGUUUAAUCGCUUGGAGGACAUUGCGACCAGUUCACAGCCAGAGACGCCGUUCCUAAGCUGCCGCUUAAGUCGGGCGCUUGAAUCUCAUGGCGGUAAUGACAACAACCAGCGGUUUCUGCCCACACGCGUCAAUUGGGUGGUGCAGAGUGGCGCUGUCGAUUUUCUCCACCUCAUGUUGGUUUCUAUGCGUUGGCUGAUGGGUCCCCAUGCGCGUUUCUGUCUCAGUUUUCACGAUGAGCUGCGAUACUUGGUGAAGGACGAACUGGCCUACAAGGCUGCACUUGCUAUGCAUAUCACCAAUCUUUUAACGCGUUCCUUUUGCGCUGCACGCAUUGGUCUCGCAGACUUACCCAUGUCGGUGGCCUUCUUUUCAUCUGUAGAAGUGGACACAGUGCUGCGAAAGGAGUGCACCAUGGACUGCAAGACACCCUCAAAUCCACAUGGUCUACAGAUAGGCUAUGGCAUCGCCCCUGGCGAGAGUUUAGACAUUUCGGAGGCCAUUGAUAAAGCGGGCGGAAAUGAUAUCAAUCAAUGGAAGUGGAUUAAAGUAAAGGACAAUGUGAGCUCAAAAAUAGACUUUCCGCUGCUAGUUAAAUGUUUUGCAUUUGAUCGUUCAUGUACAACAAAAAAGAAGAAUUUAAAUAUAAACAAGUGAAAACCCU